CGAAAAUGAGCAGAGAGAAACUGACACAGUUCCACUAAAAACGGAAUUCCUCUCACGUUACUCCUUUCUUCACCCCCCUCUUUUCUACCUUUUUACCCAUGCCCAAAUCAGCCGAGGGUACCAAAGGCCCAAAACCACGCAAACUUGGACGUCCACGUAAGCCACGCGAAUCGAGCACCCAUCAAAAAACACCUCAAUCGCAUCCGCAGCAGCAACAACAACGACCAGAAGGAGAACAGCAUAGCCGAGUGCAGGACGUCAUCCCUCCUCCUCCGCAGCAACAGUCGCCUGACGUACAAACUGCUUCAUCCGGUAUCAGUAAUCGCAGCAGUAGCUUUCAUACAGAAGAUGAUCAGCAGCUGCAACAGGCACCAGCAUCUUCUUUCUCAUCAAUGAAACCACCACCACCAAAAGAAGAAAAGCAAGUUACGACGACGCGUCAUCAAGGAGCAGCCACAAGUACUGGUAGUAAUUACGAACAUAGUAAAGAUAAUCGGCAAGCAAAACAGCACAUCGACCCAAUCCAACACUUUCUCUUUCAUCACGUAAUCCUUUCCAAGAUCUUCUCCGAAUUCAGUCAAAAGGAAUGUAUGACUGCCAUGUGUGUAUCGAAACUUUGGAAGCAACGCAUGCCUGCAAUUUGCCCGGCAGACUCAUGGAAAGUUGUGCAACUGGAUGCGGCAGAUCGUGCCUUGGAACGGUUUCUGUUACACUACUGCCUUGGUGCUAUUCUCGGUAUCAAAGCGGUCAUUAUCAGAGGAUUCCAUCGACAGCAAGACCUAUUUAGCAUGCUGCGCAUUGUGAGUGAGCGCAACUGCAUCGCGGUCGAGUACUAUAAUUUUAUCGAUUGUACCAUUACCGAUCCUGCACUGUUUAUGGAAGAAUAUUUUUAUCCCAUCAGUCAACGUACAACCAGAGUGGAGUUCCAUAGCCAGAAUGGCAAGCUACCGAUCCAUCUUUUCUUGACUAUGUGUCCCAGCCUUGCUGAGCUUAUUGUAAAUUAUGUCAAUGAGCGACAGGUGGAUGCGCUGCAACAGCGGCUGUUGUACCAACCGCCACCACAAAUACCAACUACAGCCUGUCAAACGUUACAAUUCAACAUUGCUGCUGGAUGUAACCUCAGGAGCUUGUGCAUCGGCAUCCCAGGACCGAGAAGAUUAAGUCGCGAAUACCAACAACAGCAAGAAUACAGACAUGGUACUUCUCGCCGUCGUAGUGAGCAUCAUAUCAAUACAUGCACCGCCGACGUUUUGGCAGCUGUCAUUGACAAUUGCCCGCAGCUGAAUGACGUUAUCUUAUCAUGUACUGGUGACAACCUUGCACCAAUCGUCAUUCAAGCCUUAACUCGACUUUCUGGACUUUCUCUCCUUGCACUCUAUUACGAUCUCACACCUAACCACUACGACGGUGCACUCUAUGCUUUAUUGCAAAGACACGUUGACAUGGGCCCUAAACGCAGCUCUCUCAAAUGUUUACUCCUCAACGUUGCAGACGAUACUAUCUUGGAUUUGGUCGGUCGCAUCCUGACGCUGAAAUUGAUUGAUUUGGCGAACGGGUUUCAAUUAGCAACCAGACAAGGCAUCCUGCGGUUUUCUAUGCGGCUGGGAAGCAGUUUGAUCUUGAAAGACUUGAUACUCAAAGAGUUCGAUCUACGUCCAUUCGAGAUUCUCAAUCAUAUUGCGCACGCGCCAAAUCUGACCAGAAUCGAUAUCAGUCAUUGCGAUGUGGAGCACAGUGGUUAUCUCAACUUUCUCAAUAAGGCGCAACAGUUGCAGGUGGCAGUGCAGACAAUAUAUUGCGCGCCUCAGCAGCAAGAAGUGGUCCAAUUGAUUGACCCCGAUACUGGAAUUCGCUUGCCUUGUAGGGUGGUGCCUGUGGACCUCCUGUUUGGUGGUUUGGAUAUUUUCUCGCAUCUCGACGAUCCAGAGAAUUUCUUGACAGCCAUGUGUGUAUCAAAGCUUUUGGAUGAAAUGGCCGCUGCUUUGCGUUGA